UUCGGAGCAGUCUCCUCAGUCGAUAGCAGGUAAUACUCAAAAACGCGCCCGGGCACGGAGUGUUGGCGAGUCCAGUAUAGUUUCGUAAAUAUUCGGCAAAAAUACAUCCCAAAAAAAAAUCAACCAUCGUUAAAAAAACAAUUCAUCGAAGUGGGACUCAAAAAAGAGUAUAAAAGCUUAUUUAUGUUUUAGCAUACCUACAUAUCCCCCCACAUUGCGAAAUGAAUACGGACUCAGGGCUGUCUUGGGCCGGAAGUGGCCAGCGAGUCAUGUAUUCAGGGCUUCUGCUGCUGAUCUGUAGUGGUCUGGCGGUGGGUCAGUCCAAUUAUGUGCAGCAUGGAGACAGCAGCAACUACACCACUAAUGGCUUGCCAGAGGAGGCCACACUAGAUGGCAAGGUGACCAAGCUAGACGACAUCAGCCCGCUCAUUUUCCUGAAUCGCACAAAGGCAGCUCUUAACUGUGCCGCCGGUUCCAUGCAGGUUGAUCUGAAGUUCAACGAUGCGUUCCAUGGCAUCAUUCAGGCUGACUACGAUCGCAGCAGUGCUUGUCGAGUGAGCGGCAAAGGAGCCCUCAGCUAUCGCCUCGAACUGCCGCUCAAAGGGUGUGGCACGAUUCAGAACCCCACUCGCGUGUUCACAAACAACAUCAUCGUGCGCUUCCAUGCAAACUUGGAGAUGGACGGAGAUGAAAUUAUUACGAUCGUAUGUCGAUAUCCUCCACCGGUGCCAUCACUGCCACCAGCUCUCCCAGCGCCCAUCCUAAAUCCUAUUGCCACCGGGUCUGUACUACAGCCUCCGCUUAAAAGUAUCCAGAUCUUGAUGAUUAUUUGCGCGAUCAUGUUCCUGACAUUGCUGUUACUGGGUCUGGCAGUAUCCUACUACUGCCUUCGCAGCAGGCCCAUUCCCGUCGUGCGUCGCUUGCCAAUGAGCAUGGGAAGUGGUUCCGAGAUCACCAAACUCAGCGGCAGCAGCUUGGGCAAUAUCAGCGCCUUCGAGGGCGUAAAAAUUCCUCGCGCCCAUGCCGCCUUGCAAGCGGUGUACAGCUCAUCUGGCAGCGAAGGAGCACUCAUCCCGUCGGACUACCCCAGCGAGUCGCAUUCAGAGAUUGAAGAGAUCGACACCCGUUCCCUGCCCUUUAGCUCCGCGGGUAGCUUCGAGAAUCGUGCUUUUGUCCAGGAGACCUCUAGCAUUUACAGCGACCACUAUGCACCUGCCCAGGAGAUGCCAGCUGCCAAUGCUGUGAUGACCACGACAUCGACAACUCGCUACGCCGCACCAGUUCUGGAGGCAGUCGCUACUGCCUCGCCUAAAUUCGAUGUGCAGGUGCGCGUUAAAAAAUCGCCUCCUCCACCCUCGCCCGUUACUUCGGAUACGGAGAGUGUUGCCACUAUGUUGCCGGAUCGAAAUAACCUGUCAACGAUCAUGGAGGCCUAUGAGGACCGAGAGAGUGUUCUGACCGUGGACUCACUGCCGCCCCAAGUAGAAUCAAUGCAUUCGCAGUUCACGUAUGUUCCCGAAUUGCACCCUGCUCCACAAGCACCUCCCCUAGUCGUCGCCGAACCCAAGUUCUCUGUAUACACACGCACACAUCACGAAGUAGUCGAUGGUCGUCCGGAGACUUGGUCUGAUUACACCGAUGGUCCGGCACCCAGCGAGGUCACCGACAUGUCUUCCGAGGCACCGGAUGUGGCCAUUGAUCAGAUGCACUACUACGAGGACGAAUACGUGCCUGCCGUUCCCGUGGCGGCACCGGUUACCUCUCACACCGUGGACGACGUCUACUUACGAACAGUUACCGAGAAGAAGACCAUUGAAGACAUAGAGAGCCACAAGCGCCGCGUGACUGAGUACAAGAGCAAGCCCAGGGCUCCUUUGCCGCCCCCACCAGUAGACCCCAAGUUCGAUGUUCGUGUGAGGAAGUACCCUACUGAACGCGAGCAGCAACAGUGGGAGAACUUCUCGGACAUCUCCAGUGCCUCCGGCUUGACCCUUACGCCUAAGAUGGAGCGUAACGAGCUGACCCUGACAGAGACGGAGCCUCCAGUUCAGAUCUAUGACAACAAAGUGAAGCUGACUAGUCCAGAGCUGGUAGGUAAUAUGAAGCCGAUCGAAGUGCCACCGCAAGACAAGGAUGUGCCCAACUGGGACGUUCUUAUUCGCAUAUUAGAGGAGCCAGAGCUAGCAGAGGACACCGACGAUGCUAGUUCAGUGCGGAACCUCAGCUAUGACGACCGGGCCAAGUGGAAGGAGAUCAUCACAACGCAGUCGUCCUUGCGCACUAUGCUCACAGAGGCGGUGGUUCGCGAAGACUUUGAGCGCAUUCGACAAGAUACGCGCUACGAGCGUAUUUUCGAGCCGCAGACGUGGGAUGUCAUCAUCCGCAUCCUCGCCCCGCCCGGUGACGACGAUCCCGAUGUAGAAAUGCGAGCUCCGCGGCGUGGCAAGAAGUCCCAGCCACAACCUUGGGACACGCGAUCCCGUCGCAGCUCCCUUCCCACUUUGUACGAAUACGACAGCGACGGCGGUUCCAGUGUGCGAACCAUUCGAAACGACCCAAAUAUGGGAUUCACAACCGGACCAGGCAUCCAGGGAGCCUUUAAUUUGCAGCGCUCGCGACGAAGCUCGCGCACUUCGUACCAGACCGAUCACAACGAUUUCCGUUCUAUGUCAGAGGUGACUGUGGAUUUCGGUCGUCCGAAUCUGGACCAUCCGGACAAUGUGAGCGAUGCUAGCUCCUACUACCGCAUGCCGUACUACGAUGACGAGGACCGGCGCUUCUUCCACCGCUCGCUCAGUCACCCCUCUCUGGUACGUUCCGCCAGCGAGUUUACCGAGCAUUGGACCGCUCCCGACGUCUUGGAGGUCUCCUCGCAUGAGGGCACUCCCCGUGCCCGCCGUGCUAUACAGGCACGUGCACCAACGCAAUUGGAACUGGCCUCGCCGAGGCAAGGGGAACAUGUGCUCGCCCAGACUCAGACGAGGAGUGAGUAUGUGGAGUCACACCGAACCCUCUACCACGCCGAGAAGGAAAUGCCCUUGCCGCCGCGCAAGUGGUAGGAACGCACAAAUUGACCCCCAACUAAACACAAUGUUCCCGGAUUGGUAUUAAUAUAUAAUUUAGAAUUUUGCGUUAUCGACAAACCUGGUCCUGCCGGCAGCCCCAGCAGGAAGUUGAGAUUUCUGCUGGGGCUGACUGCUUUCUGGGAUCGGGCUUCUGGCACAAAUGCCUCUAAUUAUUCACAUGUAUACAUAGGUCUUAAAAGUAAAUACCCCUAACAUAACAUAUAAAUGUGCCAAUUAGAAUUGCCUGACAUACAUUCAUAGAUAGCAAUCUCAGUAGAAACUUCAGUGUCGGGAUAUUUACCAAUUGCAGGGGCUUGUUCAAGUUUAUUUUUUUCGCUUUUUGUGAAAUUUUUAAUUUUUGACUUAUAGAUAUUGAAGUAGCUCGAAUCGCAAAUGGCAUUGUCUAUUUUGCCCGAAAAUGUAAUACAUUUUAUUGUACGUUAUGCUUUAGCUAAAUUGCACUAGCUUUUUUAUCGAAUCUAAAAAUACAUAACCGGUAUAUGCUUUUAAAAAAUAUACAUAUGUAUACCAUACAGGAGGGGGCAGCUAACUUGCAUGAUGUUUAUAGAAAACUAUUACAUUGCUGGGCAAAAACUAUCAUAUCUAUCAAGCUGAUUAUACUAUGUCUAAAAAACUAUUAUUUUAUACUGAUUUUUGAAACUCACUCGUACAAAUUCUUAGAAUUUUGGGACAAGUUCAAUGAUUUGAUUUCCAAACUUUAGGAAUUUUUUUGGAAUGUCCACUCACGACUUUCUAGUUUUAAUGUAUAUAUGCAAAGUAUUAUUUACAUCAAAUCCCCAGCGCUUCGAGGCGAAAGAAUAAACUGCCAGUCAGCUUUUACGACAAUGCGGAUCUUUAUUUUUUACAAAAAAAUAUACUCUAAAUGGAAGAAAUGAACAGGUUUUAAAUAAAUUAUUUGGGGACAUGUACAAGCCACAAGAGCUUGGUAUGUAUACUGGUAUUAAAUACGAAAGGUAGAUUGUUUGUAUACGGGCUCUCAAAAUAUUCCAAUAUUUUUUUCGUAACAUAGUACUAAUUUGUCAAAGACAUAUAUUAAAAAUGUACUUGAUCUUAUUCUAAAUAAAAAACUAUAAUAAAAAGCUAAUAUAACAUGAAAAAUUGUACACAUACGAAAAAGGGCAAAUAUUAAUGUUGCUUUUUUGUGUGAAAAAUCACUAUGAAACUACUGCAUGUAAACUAAAAGCACUUUACAAUUGUUAAUAAAUAUACCUACUAACAAA